UAAAUCAGCCCCGUGACCCUAAGGCGGCGUUGCCGAGGCUUCGGGCUCGGCGGGUGCAGCGCGGCACCUCCCUUAGCCCGGGCGUGGGGGGGUGCGGCGCCUGCGGGUGAUGCGGGAAUUGGGUGCUGGUAUAGAAAGUGGAAUAGCUCUUAUUUAAGAUAGAGCUAAAUUUCAUCUGAGUAACUGUAUAUUUUGAAAGUUAGACAGAAUGUUCCUCUGAUAACGUGUUUUCUUUCAGACGAUGUUUUUCCAGACGUUAGAAUCCUAGAACGGUUUGGGUUAGAAGGGAUCUUAAAGAUCAUCCAGUUCCAACCCCGUGCGGUGGGCAGCGACACCUCCCACUGGAUCAGCCUGCUCAUACCCCACCCAGCCUGGCCUUGAACACCUCCAAUAGUCACUCUUUGGAGAUCAUAGAAUAGUUUGGGUUGGAAGGGACCUCAAAGAUCAUCUAGCUCCAACCCCCCUGCCAUAGGCAGGGACACGUCUCACUAGAUCAGGCUGCCCAAGGCCCCAUCCAAGCUGGUCCUGAACACCUCCAGGGAUGGGGCAUCUACAGCUUCUCUGGGCAACCUGUUCCAGUGUCUCACCGCUCUCAUGGUGAAGAAAUUCCUCCUUAUAUCUACCCUAAAUCUGCCCUUCUACAGUUUAUACCCAUUCCCCUCAUCCUAUCACUACAAGAUAACACUGCCUUGUGUGAGGCGUGAUCUGUGCUGAACAGAUGUCUCUUCUGUAAUCACCUCUGUAUGUAGUCUUUCCCGAUCUCAAAUGGAAGGCCAAGCAGAGAGGUGGCUCCAAAGCUCCAAAUUAGCAAGAAUUUUGACUGGUAUGAAGUUCAUAAUAGUGUGAAAAUUAGUCUUUGGAAAGUAAUAGAAAAUGCGUAAGAUUUCUGGGGAAACUUAUACACACGCAUGUAAGUGGGAAAUACAUUCUGUAACUGGCUCUUGUCUGGUUGCACGUCAUUGAGGGAGAUCAGUCCCUCACGUUUCCCAGGCCUGAUAAAGGAUACUCGCUUUCUAGAUCCCCAAAAUGAGUGUUGGAGAGUUUAUUUGUCAGCAGUUUUGGUAUCAGUCGGACCACUGCUUUUGAGGUGGACAGGGUGCUCCCAAAGUGGUGGGGCAGCAGGCCAGCUAAGGAGUUGCAGCGGGAGCAGGCUGGUUUGGCUUUUGAGUUUUUUGGUUUUUUUCAGUCAGGAGCAUUCUAUGCGUUUCUUCACCAGUCUGAACAGUGACAUUGUCUAUAGAGCUUUGUUGUAUCCUUCAUAGUUGGUGCUGUCCCAGGCUUUGCUUCCUGCCUCAACUUUCUCUUAUCUUCUUUGUCUUAAUUUUUCGUUGUAGCUGGCCCCCACACUCAUGGGGAAAUAUGUAUAAGGAUAGCAACUGUAGUGUUCCUUCUUAGAAAAGAGGAUACUGCAAUUCUUGCAAGUACAAGGUUUAAAUCUGACCUCAUUCAAUAGUUAGCUUUAGAGUAAAGUUGGAAGAGCUGUUAAAGCAUAGAAAAAAAAAAAAAAAACCAUGAAAAUUGAAGAUAAUAGAACAUAGGUUUUAGCAAAGCUAGACCAAGCCAAAGAGGGAGGACUUUGUGGUGGGAUGAUCUUGGUGGUUCCGCUUAGAUGCUUCCCUACAGAGCAUGUGAGGGAGUAAAAUACAGACUCUGUAGACAGAUUCAACAUGCAGUUUGGCUGCCAAACUGUAACAUCUUUAUACUGAAGAGUGUCUGGAAAAUAAUAUACGUGGAUUUCAAACCCAAGAUGGCUCAGAAGCGGAGUUCAAGUGGUCGAUCAUUCCCAUUGCUGCUAUUGAUUAUUGUGGCCUUUGUUCAUUUAACUGUCUGUCCUUUUACAAAAGUGGAGGAGAGCUUUAACCUACAGGCUAUCCACGAUGUAGUGUACCACCAACUGGACUUGGAUAAGUAUGACCACCAUGAAUUUCCCGGAGUUGUUCCAAGAACGUUCCUUGGACCAAUAUUUAUUGCGGCUCUUUCCAGCCCAGCUAUAUAUGUACUUUCUGUCCUAAGAAUGUCAAAGUUUUACUCCCAGCUGAUAGUCCGAGGAAGCUUGGGGCUCAGUGUGAUUUACACAUUAUGGAAGUUGCAGAAAGAAGUUAGAAAACAGUUUGGAGCAACUACAUCAACAGUCUUCUGUCUCAUCACUGUUACUCAGUUUCAUUUCAUGUUUUACUGUACACGAACCCUCCCUAAUGUGUUUGCACUUCCUUUUGUGCUCUUGGCAUUGACGUAUUGGAUACAGCAGAAGCAAAGGCCGUUCAUUUGGUUCUCAGCUUUGGCAAUUAUAGUCUUCAGAUCAGAGCUCUGCAUAUUCCUAGGCCUCAUGCUCCUCGUGACAUUAUUAACUAAAAGAAUCUCCAUAUUCAAGGUGUUUUCCCAUGCUGUUCCUGCUGGCAUAUUUUGGUUAGGGGUAACUGUUGCUGUGGAUUCUCUAUUUUGGAGGCAACUUGUGUGGCCUGAGGGGAAAGUGCUCUGGUAUAACACAAUUUUAAACAAAAGUUCCAGCUGGGGAACCUCCCCCUUCUUGUGGUAUUUCUACUCUGCUCUGCCUCGUGCUUUGGGAUGCAGCAUUAUAUUUGUACCUUUAGGUGUAGCAGAAAAGAGAACUCGGAUACUACUUUUGCCUGCGCUGGGCUUUAUUUUCUUAUAUUCGUUUCUCCCACACAAAGAGCUGCGUUUUAUCAUAUAUACUUUCCCUGUCUUCAACAUAGUGGCUGCUAAAAUGUGCUCACGAAUUCUGAAUAACUACCGGAAAUCUUGGCUGUACAAACUUGGAUCUUUCUUUGUUAUAAUGCACCUUCUAGUUAAUGCUGCUUAUUCAGGAACAUCUUUAUAUGUUUCACAUUUCAAUUAUCCUGGAGGAGUGGCAAUUCAGAAAUUGCAUGAGUUGGUACCUUCAACAGCAGACGUCUCUGUUCAUAUUGAUGUGGCUGCAGCACAAACAGGAGUUUCUCGGUUUCUAGAAAUCAAUUCAGAUUGGAGGUAUGACAAAAGAGAAGAUGUAAAACCAGGAGACCAGUUGAUGUUUUCUUACACACACAUACUGAUGGAAACAAACCCUCUUCAAAUAUCACAUUACAAGACAACCCACAGGCCACUGGCAAAUAUACCUGGCAUCAGUACAAUUGGGCUGAACCUUACUGCACUACCUCCUUUUACUUUAAACUUGAAACCAAAAUUAGUACUGUUGGAAAAACUUCCUCUGUCAUCUUGACGGUGAAUUUUAAGUACGUCUUUUGAUGUAAUGUUGCUGAUGACUGAAUCGUCUAAGACAGCAGCAAAUUGUCAUUCCAGCACUGCAAUUCAGCCGCUGUGGAAAGGCAUGGAAAACCUGUUUACCAAUCGAUAUUUAGCUUUGUCAUGUUCCUUACAUAAAUAUUGCAAUGCAUUCCUAGUCAGCAUAUACUAAAAUAGCAAGUUGUAUUGUUAGAUGUUUGAGAGAGGCUACCAAAAGUUUAGUGGUAUUCAGUAAAACCUGUUUCCUGGGUUUGGGUAGCUGUCUGUUUCAUAACGUAGCGCAGGCAUGUCCUAAUUGUCCUAUACAAGAUACAUAAUGGAACAGGUUUGUGCUACGGCAAUAAUUUGAUAUGUAAUCUUAUGUGUGCAAAGAUUUAUUACUUGAUGUAUCUGCAGAAUUGUAACCCCCUCAGCUGUCAGGCUGCCCGUGUGAAACUUAAUGAUGUUAUCAACAUAUAGGAAAGCCAUACUCAUUGUAGCUUCAUCACAAUACCUAAUUGUGCCCUGUAGGCUACCAAACUAAUUAAAGUGAAAGUCACUUAAAAAGCAGUCGGACCUCUUGACAAGCACUGUCUCGUAACAGAUUUGAGUAUUAAAGGAUGGUUAUCUUUAUUCCAAAAGUUCAUGAAUAAGCAGCAACUUGGAUUUCACAGGAAAAAAGAAUUUUUAAAAUGUUGUUUCCCUCUUCUGCUGUAAUGAUACUAUCUUAAUUUGCAGUGCAAAAAUUUACCUAUGAAAAUAUUCACUUGGAUACACUUUAAGAAGAUAGGUGCUGUUUUGCUUUUUUUUUUUAUUUUUAUUAAAUAGUCCCUUUGGAAAGGAAUAAUCUAACGUGCCAUGUGUUGAAUUCUGUAAACUAGAAUAAAAUAAGCAUGCUCUGUAGUCUGUUUGUUUAGAUGAUUUUGUUAAGAGUGUCUGACUAGAUUGCUGAAUAGAAUGAGGGAAGGGAUAAAUAAGGGAAAAAAGAGUUUUGGUCAGGGCCAGUUAUAAUAUGACAGGAGCUCCAUUAAUGUAAAAAGUCAGCAUUGCUGAAGGAAUCAAGGGCAGAAAACUAUUCCUUCAUGACUGAAAACUUGAGUAAAAAAAAGCUUAUUAAUAAA